AGUUUCAGCACAAAUCUGCCGCUCCAUAAUUCACGACUGACUGACAUCCACAAGAGGAUGAUGAUGGACAAAGAGGAGAACAGAGCAGAGUCCGGUGAACCUAGACCAACGAGACAGACUAGUUCGGGAUUCUCAGAAACUCACUGUGAAGUUAUGGCCUCAUCUCUGUCCAGCCCCUCACAUCUAACAGAGCUGGACAUGAGUGGAAACACCCUGCAGGAUUCAGCAGUGAAGCUUCUGUGUGCUGGACUGGAGAAUCCAAACUGUCGACUGGAAACUCUAGGAUUGGUGAGCUGUGGUCUGUCAGAGAUCAGCUGUGAUUAUCUGGCAGCAGCACUGAAGUCCAACCCCUCCUAUCUGAGAGAGCUGGACCUGAGGUUGAACAACAAGCUGCAGGAUUCAAGAGUGAAGCAUCUGUUGUGUUGA